CUUUAUCCUCGUGGUAUUCCAAAAAGGAAACAUAUCUGGCCGGACAACCAAGAUCCUGAUACAGUUCUUGGCAAUAGCAGACUGUACAUGCUUAAUAAGCUUUUUUGUUACAUCAACAUUGCGUGCGAUUUCAUCUUAUACGAAUUGGUUUGAUCCAUAUAUGGGAAUGUAUGCCAUUGCGUAUCGUUACACCUGGACACUUUAUGAUACAACACGUUUGUGGUCAACUUUAUGUGUAUUAGCCAUCACGGUAGAAAGAUAUGUCGCAACAUGUUACCCUUUCAAAGUAAAAGGCAUGUUUACACCUCUUAGAGUGAAAAUUGCAUCUGUCGCGAUUUUGAUAUUUGUCAUUGGUUUCAACCUGCCAAAAUUGUUUGACAGCCGACCAGUCCGCUUUGACUUAUGCACCAAUAGUUGGGUUAUAUAUGGUGGCUAUGGUGUUUAUAUGCAGAUCAAUGGUUUUGCAUAUGCGAUGAUUUAUCUCACACUUGCUUACUAUGCGAUCAACUGUGUUGUCCCCUUGCUAUGUCUGAUAAUUAUGAACGCACGUAUUGUCUUCACUAUCAGGAAAUCUAUUGGUGGGGGUGGGCUUUCACUGGGUAAAAGUGACGACAUCAAAGCUCGAGAAAAAUCCAAAGAACGCACCACAACAAUCAUGUUUUCUGUCGUUGUUGUUGUAUUCAUAAUCUGUCAAACAUGGCCAUUUGGAAUAAGUGUCACAUACAUGUUAGAUUCAUGGGGGGUCCCAGGGCCAAAUUAUGGCUCAAGGACAUACUUGUACGUCAUUGGUUCACUCCUCCUAACAAUUAAUUCUUCAGUCAAUUUCCUGAUCUAUCUUAUAUUUUCGCAACGGUUUAGGGAGACACUUGUACAACUGAUUUGUUGUGGGUUUCUGAGGGGAAAAGGUUCUGAAACGAGCACAGAAAUGACUCAAAGUUCUCAACUUGAUUGAGAGCACUACAAAUAUGUUUUACACUCUUCGAUAUCUGAAAAACCAAUCUGGCAAUAUUGUUCAAACAAAAAAUCAGAACUUCUUUCUUUCCAUUUGGACUUUUACAUGUCUAUGUGAAAUUAUAAUAAAAUAAUUAUAAUUGAUCAAUGUGAAUACAUGUGC